AUGUCCUUAAAGAGGCUUAUUCAUCAGAACCGCAAUGUCCGUUGCAUGGGCUACAGCGAGAAUGCCCCUUACACCCCCUGCUUGGAACCGAUACGUAGCCCUCCACUGGACAACAGAAGGGCCAAGAGCUUCACCAAUUCAGUGGAGACCUUGCCCAGGGAUUACAAGCAGUUUGCUUUACACAGAACAAGUUCCUUAGGUGGCCCUCAAAGAAUAUCACUCAAAAUCUUCAAAGAAGACAAUGAGACGUUUGGAUUUGAAAUUCAGACGCUUCGAUUUCAGCAGCAAACCAACUGCUGCUUGGAAAGCUUCACCUAUGUCUGCAAAGUAAAGGAAGGAAGCCCUGCCUCUCUCUCUGGACUCCAAAGUGGUUAUAUUCUGACCAAUAUCAACAGGGUGAGCACUGAAGGGCUCAGUCACAAGCAAAUGGUGGACUUGAUCAGAUCAUCUGGGAAUCCGUUAAGGCUAGAUAUUGUGAAUGAAGUCUUGAUUUUGAAAAGGAUGGAACUGGAAACCAAGCUGUGUCUUUUAAAGCAAACGUUGCACGACAAGCUGGUGGAGUUCCAGUCUCUGUGUUUACAGGAACAGCACCUUCUUAAUGAUGAAGUGAAUGGCAGCUCGCCCCUUGAUCCUGUGAGAUUAGAAAAAACUGACCUACUGAGCGACUAUAUUGGGUCAGGGUCACCCUUGGCAAACAAACCUCGGUUUUCCAGCGAAAGCAGCUGUAUAAGCCGCCUCAGCUCCAUGACGGUGGACAGCGAGGACAGCUUCUACCAAGGGAGUGAGUUUGAGGAUCCCGGUAGCUUGGCUUUUAGCCGGCAGUCAAGCACAGAGGACGACUGCUUUCUCCCUAGAGACUCUACUGUCGCUGUGGUGAAGACUUCACUGAGAAGGCAUAGAAGUAUCAGCGCGGCUAGUAGUGGUUCUGGAUCCCCCUUGUGGGACAGAAGCAGUGCCGCCAAUGUCUUCGGGACACUCCCUCGGAAAAACAGAAAAGGAAGCGUCCGAAAGAGGCUUUUGAAAUUCAUUCCAGGUCUUCACAGGGCUGUGGAAGAGGAGGAUAGUCGUGUCUGA